AUGUGCCCGCCUGUCCGCCCCCCAAACCAGUACACAUGUGCCCGCCUGUCCGCUCCCCAAACCAGUACACAUGUGCCCGCCUGUCCGCUCCCCAAACCAGCACACAUACUAGGCUGUGUCCCCCCCCCCACGAAGUACACAUGUGCCCGCCUGUCCGCCCCCAAACCAGUACACAUGUGCCCGCCUGUCCACCCCCUAAACCAGUACGUAUGUGCCUGCCUGUCCGACCCUAAACCAGUACACAUGUGCCCGUCUGUGCGCCCCCCACGAACCAGUACACAUGUGCCCGCCUGUCCACCCCCUAAACCAGUACGUAUGUGCCCGCCUGUCCGCUCCCCAAACCAGUACACAUACCAGGCUGUGCGCCCCCCACCAACCAGUACACAUGUUCCCGCCUGUCCGCCCCCCAAACCAGUACACAUGUGCCCGCCUGUCCGCCUCCCAAACCAGUACACAUGUGCCCGCCUGUCCAUCCCCACCAACCAGUACACAUGUGCCCGCCUGUCCGCCUCCCAAACCAGUACACAUGUGCCCGCCUGUCCGCCCCCAGACCAGUACACAUGUGCCCGCCUGUCAGCCCCCAGACCAGUACACAAUUACUGUACAAUGUAUAAUAAGAAAGUUUGUAUCAAAUAG